AUGUCAUAUAAACCUAUUCAGUCCACAUCCGCUGAAGUGCGAGACGGAUACACAGAACAACAGCAGCAACAAUACAGAAAAUACUUGACACAAUUAAAACUCGAAUUUCAGCAGCGCUGGUGUAAGAAGAUAAACUCAAACAUAACAUUCACGGAUUUGGAACGCGUUCGAACUUUAGGUACUGGUGCUUUUGGAAGAGUCAUCUUAUUGAGACAUGCAAACACACAUAAAUUCUACGCAAUGAAAGUGUUGGAGAAGGAGAAAAUUGUAAAAAUGAAACAAAUUGAUCAUACGCUGUACGAGAAACGAAUUCUUGAAGCUAUCAGAUUCCCCUUUACUGUUUCAAUGGAAUUUAGUUUUAAAGAUAAUAGCUAUAUUUAUUUUAUAAUGCCAUUCGUUCCAGGAGGGGAGAUGUUUACUCAUCUUCGAAAAAUGGGCAAAUUUGAGGAACCAAUUUCUAAGUUCUAUGCAAGUCAGGUUAUUUUAGCUUUAGAGUACCUGCAUUAUUUAAACUUAGUAUAUCGAGACUUAAAACCAGAAAAUAUAAUGAUAGAUAAAAAUGGAUAUUUAAAGAUCACAGAUUUUGGUUUUUGUAAAGUACUGCAAGGAAGGACAUGGACCUUAUGCGGUACACCAGAAUAUUUAGCUCCGGAGUUAAUUCUAAGUAAGGGCUACGGAUUUUCCGUAGAUUGGUGGUCUUUUGGUGUUCUCCUGUAUGAAAUGAAUGCAGGAUAUCCACCAUUUUAUGCAAAUGAACCCAUGAAAACAUAUGAAAAAAUUGUUUCCGGUAAAUAUCGAUGUCCUUCAAGUUUCAAUGGAGAUCUGAGAGAUCUUGUUCGUAAUACUCUUCAAGUUGAUAUUAGUAAAAGAUUUGGAGUUAUGAGAAAUGGAGUAAUGGAUUUUAAAAACCAUAGAUGGUUUAAGGGUAUCGAAUGGGAAGCCAUUCUUAACUGUCGUUUUCCACCACCAUAUAUUCCAAAAAUAAAACACCCAGGAGAUUCAACAAAUUUCGAAAAAUAUGAUGAAAAAACGAUUAAACCAGCUUCUUAUUGUCGAUUUGAAUCUGAAUUCAUCGAUUUU